AUGACAACGAAUUGGCAAUAAAGCUAUGUAAAAAUAAUUACUACUAAAACAGGUACCAAUUAGAUUAAAUAUGAACGAAGAUGAUGAUCCUUUUGAAGAAGAAAUAGGUAUAUUAAACUAUCUAUUUUACAGAUAGAUUGAGAUAGUAAAAAGAAAUACAACAAAAAUUAAAAUAACAGCAAGCAGCUAUUUAUGAUCAUAAUAAAAAGGUAACAAAACUAUCAACCUAGGCUGAAUAAUUAAGAUAAUAAAUUGUUAAAGAUGUCCUGCCUAAGCACAAAGGAUUAUAACUAGCCUAUGAUUAUGAUGGAACCUUUAUGUUAGCUAAAGAUUUUGCAUAAGUAAAAAAUAAUUAAAGAGUACCUGAAAUUCAGUACUUAUUUUAAAAUAUAUCAAAGCAAAAUUACUUAAGUUGAUACAGUAUUUUAGCCAUAGAAACCUGUUUAACAAGCAGUUAUAGAAAAUGAAAAAGUGAAAAAAGAAUAAACACGUUAAUCAAAAGCAAAAACUAAUCCCCCUUAAAUUUUUGAGGCUUCUGUUAUGAAACCAUUUGAUGGUUUCACUCCAAAUCAAGGAGUUAAAUUGAUUUACUAAGAUUAAAAUUUAGAAAUUGUCAGACAAUAAGACAUUUAAAAUUGGGGUGAUGGAUAAAGAAUGACAAAAAAGUAAUUUGAAGCACUUAAAAAUGAAGGUUUUAAACCUACAACCUAUUCAAUGAAAUAGCAAAUGCUUUAAAAAAUAAAUUCUGAUAUUGUAGAAUAACAAGAGCCUAAAAAUACACCAAUGAUAGCAGAAUCUACCAAUUAAAUAAAUGAAUUAAAGAUCUCACAGUCUUAUACUAAUUUAAAGUAACCUCAGACACAAUAAACAAUAUAAAAAAUACCUUAAACAGCUUAAAAUAGAAAAUAAGGAAGUAAAAUUAAUGUAGUUGAUAAAUAAUUACUUGAUCAAUUACUUUCAUGA